GGGGUGAAAACUCUGCGCCGUAUUUAGCUGCCAGUGCAGAUGCCGUUCCUCAGAUAUAGAGAGAGAGAGAGGGGAGGAGGUGCACGAUGGAUCCCGUCCCGCUGCUGCUCCUCGUAGUCACAUCUGUGCCGCUGUGCGCGGCCGUCUACACGGGGCCCCUCCAACCGGAGAUCUCCAACGGCUCCUUCCACCACUUCUUCGUCCCGGACGGGGACUACGACGAGACCGAAGACCCGGAGGACUGCCAGAUGCUGUUCAGGUUCUCGGACGUGCAUCCCUGCGGCGCCUCCGAAGAGAGGGACUCCGUGGUGAGGGACGACUUCGUCCUCGCCAAGAUGCAGGCCGAGGACGCGGCGCGGCUGCUGGAAGGCGUCGGCCGCUCCGUGGCGCAGGACCUGGACGGAGAGGACAGCUACGGCAACCUCCUCCGGAGGGAGAUCUCGCAGAUCGGCGAGGCUUUCUCCAGCGUGGACAAGUCUCUGCUGGAGCUGGAGGGGAAGUUUAAACAAAGCCAAGAGACUGAGCUGAGAGAGGAGCAACAGUUGAGCGGCCACGUGACCAAGCAAGUGAGCGACAUGCAGGGGACUCUGAGGGAGGCUGCAGGCGUCUCUUUGGGACUGAAGGACAAGCAGGAGCUGCUUUCUCUCAUCGUCCGCAGUCACGGCAGCAGACUGAGCCGCCUGAAGACGGAGUACCUCAACGUCGGCUCAUAGUGGCCUAUUCAAAGUGUGUGUGUGUGUGUGUGUGUGAGCAACUGGAAGGGUCAUUGCGGGCUUAUGAAUAUCCUUCCUUGAGUAUAUCUGACCUUCGGCUCUCCCCAUUCUUUGGACAUGUGUCAUUAAAUCCAGACAUUCCUCUGAGACUGGGGGGGAUGGAGCCGUCUGUGCCACCUCAGAAGACGAGUUUUAAAUACAAGCUCUCAGCCUUUAAAUCAAUUUUAUGGCUAUAUAUGUUUUCUCUGUAUUGUUUAAAUUAAGUUGUUCAUUCAAUUGUGGGUCAUUAUUGA